AUGGCAGGCCCAACUCUCACAACCACCAAAUCUGUUACUGGAGUCAUCACCUGUGCCACAAAGCCUCCUCAGAAUAUGGUAACGUGUGCUGCCCUUGCCCUACAAAGGAUUUUGCAACACGAGUAUGGAGAUUCCUACGAGGCUGGAAAGUAUCCUGAUCCAGUAGUCGAGAUGAAGCUGCACAAUCCUAUGCUCGCUGAGUUCAGCCCCACAGAUGCACUGGUUUCUUUUCGCACCCAAUUCAAAGCCUACAUCAAGGGUGAGGACCCAUUUAAUUGGAAGAUGAGAACGAAUGAAAGUGCUCUUGGCUGGUAG